GCAAACCGUUCGUGGGGGUGCAAAACGUUCGUCAGUUGGAGAAGAGCUUUGCUUUUGCUUCGCGAUUCUGUUGCUGAUGGGUUUAUCGUUAGAGCGUCCUAUUGGCAGCCCGCCAGGGUGUCGGGCGGGGUCUCAGGGUGGAAGAUCUUGCGCAGUCGGUGCAAAAACUGGUGAUGCAGGUCUUGUGCAGUCUUCCUUGCGCUCUUUCUUCACUCGGCAGCUCUCUGGGCUUGCUGUCCCUGGGGUCUCAGCGGCGACGGAGACGGCUUCCAAAGCAGCUGCUGUCGCAGGGGAAUCAACCAAAAGGGGGGAGAAGGGCUCAUCGAUGGCUGGCUACGGAGUCGAGGCAGGCAAGAAACGCCAUCGCGAGCCCGCAAUUUUAUAUACCUCUGCUAUUGCCUCCGGAUUGGAUAUGGAGAAUCUGUCCUCCCCAUUUGCGAGCGGGGUCGGGAUCGCCAAGGAGACGACGAAGGAGGUUGGCAAACCCAGUAGGCCGAGAUCGCGACGGGGAAGGUCCAGCGGACAUCCAACGGAUAGUACGCCGUCUUCCGAUGUCGGCGUCGGGGACAGCCGUCCGAUGAAAAGAAAGCGCUUGAACGAUGACAUUGAAAGCGCGAGCGAGCGGUGUGCUUCAACGAAUAACGUGGACGUUCCGGAUGAUCCCGGGUCGGGAGAUCGACGGGUGAUAGGAAGUAGGAGAAAGAGGGUUUCCGUUGGGGACUGCGUAGGGGGUCAGCAGCAGGCCGAUACACGCCUGGAGGGCGGCGGUCAGCAGCAAGAGAGCCGUGAGGUGAAGGUGGCGCAGGAGGCGGUGCUGGCAUCCCAAGGAAGAGGGCCAGAUCCACAGCAGCAACUGUCGAACUCCGCCGCCCUCAGAGAGAGGAAAAGAGAUGAUGAGGGAGUGCGUGGGGAGGAGGGCGCCGAUGUCAGCAAGCCAAGAACCGAAGCGCGCGCGGGCGCCGGGGCAGAUGUGGGGGCCGGCGCGCACACGAAGGCCGAGGAUGAGGACCCCGUUGGGGCAAGCGCACUUGCGGAGGCCGAGGAUGAGGGUGAGGGUUGCGCUGCUGGGCUUACAGAUGGCGGAAAGGACAAACACUCUUCUUCACGUGUGCUGAUGCAGUGCGAGCACGCGGCGAAGGCGAUGUUGCCUGUCCUUGCCUCUGGGAGUGCGAGGGAGAGUGAGCGCGAGAGUGAUGACGAUGCAGACCCAGCCGUCGCUGGAUCCUUGGAUGGCAAUCAGAAAAUAACCGGUCUCGGGAACCGACCCGUUCUUCUCGCCGACCCGGCCGACAUGGACGUCGCCCUCAUCCGGUUGAAUCGGCAGAAGGUAGGGGGAGGGGCUGAUGAGGGGCUAUCUUUUUCGCGGUCCGCGGUGAGCAACAAGAACCCUAACGUAAGUCGGGGAGGCGUCCUUGAUGAUGACGACGGCGAUGGCGGCGAGCUUGGGACCGCUUCAAGGCUGGUUGGGAACGGUAGUGUCGGGGGAGGAGGUGAAGUUCUCAGUCGUGAUGAGAGAUGGUCGUCGGAGGAAGACGAAGGUCUCUGCGAGUAUGAGCGUCUGCGGGCGCAGACAAUCCGGCGAAAUAGGUCAGUUUUGGAGCAGCUUGGACUGUUUGAAGCCUCGGCGAAACUUCAGCUGACUAGGAAACUGUCAGCUGGAAACAACAGCACUAAUGGGAGUGGUGGUCGGAAGGGCGGCAAGCCGCGGAAGUCGGCAGUAGUAGCGGCGGAGAGCCCCCAGCCACUGCGACGCAGCCUCCGAACGCGGGGGAUCUCCGCCGCGCCUGGUCCGGGCGAGGGAAAUGCCCGAGCGAAUGGCGAUUCCUCGUCUGCACGAGGAGACAACGAUGGUGAGGAGGGAAAGCAGGAGGGGGAGGAGGAAGAGGAGGAGAUGGACAUUGAGUAUGAUGAUUCGUCGGUGCUAAGGUACAUGUGCGCGAGCCGCGCUGGCUCCGCCGAAGGGCUUAAGGCGGGGGCGGCGAACUGCGCCGCAUUGAGGGCAGUGCCCAGCAACGAGGAGGCGAUGAGGACUCAUUAUUGCAGGGGAGAGAAAGACGAUGGCUCGGUUGGUGCCGGCGGCGCGCUCAAAGGCGUGGUAUUGAGGAGCCAGAGGGAGCUUAUAGACGCUGGAAGAAGGGUUGUUGGGUUUCGUCCGUCGGGUAAGGUCUUAGGGGAUGGCGCGCUCUCGAAGAUCUACUGUAUGGAUCUGUGGGAGGGGGAAAACUCCCUCUUGAUUGCCGGUGGCCAUCUAGGCCGGAUGGCGGUGUUUGGCGUCGGAGCUGUGAGAAGAGGAUGGGGGAAUGUCGACCACGACGCCGAGGAGCAUGAUGAUGGUGGCAAUGCAGGAGAAAAUGCGGAGGGUCCCUUGCUGUCGUGGAAAGGAAGCAGUGGCUGGGCGUCUUGCACUCAGUUUCUCUCCCGUCAGGACCAGGAUGAAUCGAUGUUCGUUCUUACGAGCUCGAACGACAGAACCAUUGUGUUAUGGGAUAUCAACAAGCAGCAGGUCAAUCACAAAGGAAAUAGUGCCCAUGGGUCCAGUCCUCGGGUUGUCGUGAAAACGGACGAGAUCCAUACUCAAGGGAUCUUUGCCAUGGACGAGUUCGACUGCAAAGUCGCCAGUGCAUCCAAAGACAGGACGUUGGCUAUCUCUUCUGUUUCCAGUGCGAAAGGAUUUGUGAAGGAGAGAGUCCUAAGCGGCCAUCACAGUGGUCCAAUUCGUGGCGUAAGCUUCAGAGAUGAGAAGAUCUUAGCAGAUUGUGGCGGCGACGGCACCGUCUGUGUCUUGGACCUUCGAGCGCCGGUUCCAUGCGCUGUUUCUAUCGAAGGUGCUCAUCAGAGUGCAGCGAAUGUGGUCGCGUGGCAUCCCUCCAUGGACAACAUUCUUAUGUCUGCAAGCUUAGAUCCACAUAUUUACCUGCAUGACAUUCGGUCUACCGCGGUGCCACUUUUCCGGCUGUCGGGUCACAUCAAUCCAUCGGUAUCCAGGUGCAGACAGAUAUAUCGCCCAGCAUUCACUUCCGAUGGCAGGGGAGUGGUGUCAACCGGUGAGAAGUCCCAGUUUCUGUCGCUCUACUCCGUGGACACUGGGAAGGCGAUCAGCCGAGGUCAUCUUGGGUACAGUGCGAGUAUGGUGAUGAUGUCCGGAUCGAAUUCCUUGAGACGGUUGCGACACCGCGGUCAUGGCGAAUUCGAAGACCGCUUGUGGAUAGCAGGCAAGGAGAUUGUUCCCUACUCUGCGGUUUUGAAGAUGGAGGAGUUAGCACAGUAAACCGAGGCCGUCUUUGAUACAGCGAGGUCGUCUUUGAUACAGUGUGAAUAUGGUGAUGAUGUCAGGGUGUAACAAUGUAAUUCUUUGGGAGGCGAUUGCCACUCCGCGGUGGUGGCGAGUUUGGAGGCGAGUUUGGAGACGAGUUCGGAGACCGCUUGUGGAUCACAGGCAAGGGGAUUGUUCCCUACUGUGCGGUUUUGAAGAUGGAAGAGCUAACACAGUACCGACAAUUUGGUGGUAACGACAUCUCGAAGCGCUACAGCCUAUAGGUGAAUACCGGCGAGAUCCAGUCGAAUGGUUUUUUUACUGGAAGUCAGAGGACCCGUAGUACCUGCCUAACUCCGACAUGAUAACUAUUUCUGCAAUUGAGUGCAGCUUUUGAGC